CCUCUCUCUCUCUCUCUCUCUCUCUCUCUCUCUGUGCCUGAGUUUAGAGAAGUCGCUGGAUCUAAGAUUGUUGUGGGUGAAAGUAAUUGCAGUGGCGAAUCUGUGUUGCUGUUUCCUGUCAGCAAUAGUAGCAGGGAUGCCUGGUGGUGUGCUCACAAGGGUUCCGAUGGAUAUGGGCUUCAGCAAAGGUGGCUAUGGCUGAAGAAAAUGCAGCUGGCAAGAUUGUGGGCUGCGAAUGGGAUCUCAGAGAUGGAAAUGAUGGCGGAUCUGAGUGUUGGUCUAGCAGAGCAGUGUCUGAGACAGGGUUUUGCCGGAUUUGCAGGUGACGGCUGGUGUGGCUGCGGUGGUGAUGUGGCAACGUGGUGGUGCUUGUGAUGAGAAUGAUGGAGAUGAAUGGUGUGGAUCAAAGGCCCCAAAUCGGGCCACGGGGGUGCUCGAGCUGCAGAGCAUGUUAAACAACAUUAUCUUACGCCACACAUGCAUGAAAGUGGUGGUAUGGAUACAGAGAAUAGCACUUUACCAAGCAUGAUUUUUCUCAAGCAAGGUAGGAGUAGCCGCCAUGUGGACCAGUCACUCCACCGUCUCUCAAGUUCAAGGUUGAAGCAGCAAGGUGCACCACCUUCUCCAACAUGUAUUUAUGGUCCAAUCCAUGAAUUUUCAGCUGAUGCAUACAACCACACAGACUCCGAAUUUCUCAAGUCAGAAAACAAUCAAAACAGAGAUGCUGGCUCAACGGCCUCCACUGCUGUUCUUAUAAAUCUCAAGCGUGCUCGAGAUCUUGUGAAAUCACACAUUCUACACUCAACUGUUCCUGGAUAUGCGGAUUGCAACAAGGAAGGAAACAUUUUAUCUUGCGAAAGAUUCUUAAAACCGUGGAUCCAUUUUGGUGUAUCCCUGGAGGAAAUGAUUGGUGGGGAGAGUUCCAGUCAUAUGGUCAAGGAUCUUCUAGAGUUAUAUGCAAAGGAGCAUCAUAUUCUUGUCAUGAAUAAACCCCAACAACUGAGAGAGAUGGAAAUCUUUGUUUCAUUCAACAUACAGUCUGUGUUCUAAUUACAGGUUGGUAUUUGUUAUAAAAGAUUUCACAAAUCAGACUGGCAAUCGAACUCAUGAGGUGGCUGGAUUAGUCAAUUGCCCUGAAAUGGCCUGAAGCAGAGGUCUGUUCACCAGACAUUCCAGAAAAAUCGCAAUUUGGUGAAUCUGUUGAAAUGGUGAAAAAUGUAUAGUGCAGUAGGAAAAUGCUGAAAAGUUGGAAAAAGUCGAUAUUUAAAAUGUAAACCAGUGCGGUGAGACUUGAUGGGACGUGGGAAAUUUUUGAUAUUUUUUUAGUUUAUUAUUAGAAGCCAAAAUAUGUGCAUUUGUGGGUGAAGCCAACACCAAAUAUCUGG